UUGCUUAUCAAUUUUUUUCAGACACAUACAUACAGUAGAAUCUAUCAAAUCAAUGGCUCGAUUCCUCUCAAAAACCCUAAUACAAUCGACAUCAUCAUCAUCAUUAAAUUCCUUUGAGACAUUCAAAUUAGGUGUAUCCCAGCCGCAUCGGUUCUCUAGUCGAUCGGGAAAAGCGCAAUUGAUCGAAGUCGAGUUGGAAUCGGAAGGGGAGGUGGUAGGGAUAAGAAAGCUUGAGGAUGUUAUCCAUAACAUCAUCGUGAGGCAAUCGACUCCCGAUUGGCUUCCUUUCAUCCCGGGUUCCUCGUAUUGGGUCCCUCCUCGCCGUCACCGGCCUGAAUCUCACGGUAUCGUUGAAGUCCUGGAGAAGCUUACCAAUCCGAUGACCGAAGAUGAAUCUAUGUCUCUUAAUACAUCGCGAGGUUGGCCUUCGUCAUCUUAUUUCCUCGAAGGAACUUCCCCUGUGCAUCCUGUGGAGGCAAAAGCUUAUAACAAUGAGGAGAAUAUGUCUCAGCCUAAGGAUGAGGAAGGAUGAACUCGCAGCUACCCCAUAUUCUGAUUGAUCGAAAUGGUUCCCAGUGUACAUAUUUAUAGAAGUUAGCCAGAAAAGCCAGCUGUGGAUUGAAGAAAGUUAAGCGAAGUUGUUUGUACAGUUGGAGCUUUCGUAGUUAUGUCAACUUCCCUAAUGUAUAUAACAAGCAAGAAAGAGCAAGGUUACUAUUGUAGCAUAUGUCUUAAUAACUUAAUGAAUCUGGUGUUUGUUUUUUGUUUUUCUUAUAUACCAUUUGAUAAGCUGCAAAUGGUUACUAUUCUUGCUUAUGUGCUGGUUGGCCUUUCAAAUAAGUUGUAGAUGUUCUAGGAAUGCAUUUUAAAGGAGCAGGUUCAAGUGAGAGAACAUAAGUACCCGUUUGAACCAUUCAUAUAUUCGAUCCAUCGGUUGUGAAUUCAUAGGCUAUCUAUCGUAUUUCGGAUUCAAGGGUUAGAUGGGGUUCUUUUCUAGAGUUGUAUUGUUGACAAGUAAUGUGUAGUUAUUAUUGUUGUUGUCU